GAAGUAUUUCGAUCGUCAAACAGGACGGAUACCAAACAGAUGAGUACUCGUCCGCCACCCACCCUACCCCUCCCCCCCGGGGCGCGUGAAUGAGCUGGUCCAGGUAGAAUUCUGCAGGUUUCGGCAUCAUGUCAACGAGGCUUGAAAAGCCUUCGAUGCGGUUCACGGUGCCGGACUGGCACACCGCUAACAUGACCAUGGUGGCUAGCGGAGAGCAGCAGCGAGGGAAGUCAAGACAGUGCCGCGAGGAGGCCCGCCAGAUGCAAAACGAAGCGGAGAUUACUAGUAAAUGGGACCAGCAGGAGAACACCACGCGCCUUGCACAAAGGGUGGGCGAUAUUGAAUAUUGGAAGAACACACUGGAGAAAUGUUUGAGCGACAUCGACAGCGAGAUAGCGUCGCUCUCUGAAGCCAAGCAUCACACAGAGAACGCCCUCGAGGCCAUGGCCGUGCCGCUAGACGUAGCACUUGAGUGCCUGACUUUGCGAGAGGGCAGAGAGGGCACGGACAUUGUCGCGGAUGGGGUGGAAGACCAGCUCAACACCGAAGUGCAAGUGAUUGCUCAGGCGAAGCAGCAGCUACAGCAGCGAUGCAGAGAAGGAUUUGAAAAGCUGAUACAGCUACAGGAAGCUCGUCAGCAGGUGGUGCUGGAUCUGCAGGCGGAGGCCCCCAGCAUUGAGGCCAUGCUGUUGAAGACACAAUUACGUUGGGCAGGGCAUGUGUCCAGAAUAAAAGACCAACGACUGCCUAAGAUUGUUCUGUACGGAUCGAGAGCUGUCAUCUGGAAACCGCAACUUAGGGGCACCAAAGAAGAGGUUCAAAGACAGUCUCAAGUUUUCCCUCAAUGCCUGCCACAUCGACCCCAUCACUGGCCUACUCUGGCUGCUGACCGCGAGGGCUGA